GUUCUCUUAUUAUUAUUACUCCCUCUAGUCUCUCAUCCACUCUCUUGUUCAAUGACGUUUCCGGUUUCCAAAAUGCACAAAGACAGUACUCUACUUGCCCUGAUUUUGGCUUUGCUUAUUGUAAUUCCUAACACUUUAGGUGUUUCACGAGGGCAACUAAGAGUAGGUUUCUACUCAAAAACAUGCCCAAAUGCUGAGUCUAUCAUCCACAAAGUUGUUCAGAAAGCGGUGUCUAACAAUCCUAGGAAUGCUGCAAUACUGCUAAGGCUUCACUUUCAUGACUGCUUUGUUGAAGGUUGUGAUGGGUCAAUACUGAUAAGAAAUGAUGUGGAUGGUGAAUUGAAAGCAAAAGGAAACUUGGGAGUUCUUGGUUUUAACAUCAUUGAGAGUGCCAAAGCACAGUUGGAAAAUAUUUGCCCUGGAAUUGUUUCUUGCGCUGACAUAGUGGCUUUAGCUGCACGAGAUGCUGUAUCCUUGGUUAAGGGGCCAUUUUAUGAUAUUCCAACUGGCCGCAAAGAUGGACGGCUCUCAAAGAUGUCUCUGGCUGGCCGCUUGCCAGAUGUUGACGAUUCAAUCAGUGUUCUCAAAUCCAAGUUUAGGGAAAAGGGUCUUUCUGAUAAGGACCUUGUUCUUCUUAGUGGUGGUGCACAUACAAUUGGAGUGACAGCCUGUUUUUUCAUGAGAAACAGACUCUACAACUUCACCACAGGGGGAAGCUCUGAUCCAGCAAUCAACCGUCGCAUCCUACCACGACUCAAAGCUAAGUGCCCCAUAAAUGGAGAUGUCAAUGUCCGAAUCCCUCUUGAUUGGUCGACUCAGAAUGUAUUUGAUGUUCAAAUCUUGCGUAACAUUAGAGAUGGAAACGCGGUGAUAGCAUCCGAUGCUAGGCUCUACGAUGACAAAAACACCAAGCAAAUACUUGACUCUUAUAUCAGCUCUGCUGGUUCUGGAACAAGACCAUCUUUUAAUGCUGAUUUCGCUAAAGCAAUGGUGAACAUGGGAAACAUUGGGGUGAAAACAGGUUCAAAAGGAGAGAUUCGGCGACUUUGCAAUGCAGUUAAUUGAUCAGUUUCACUGGAAAUUAUGAAGCUUAGCAGUAUAAAUGCUACUAGGUAAUAGG